UGUGUCCGUCUGCGGCUGAGUACGGGAAAGGAAGUGACGGCGUAUGUCCCUGCCGAAGGGCACAAUCUGCAGGAAGACAAUGUUGUGUUGGUGGAAGGAGGUCGACUGCAAGACACGCCCGGCGUUAAGUUGGUGUGUAUCCGAGGCAAAUACGACUUGCCACACGUGAAGAAAAAAUAA